CAUGUUUACUGGCCGUUACUUUCGCGUCUGUGGCAAUUCUGAUGUACGUUACACUUCCUUAUAUACAAGGUUUAAGCUACAAAGCGACAGAAUGUCGAGUCGAAAAAGUCGAGAUCUUCGAAAAAGGAAGUUGCAGCAUUUCAACCGAACACUUUAGUCCAUGCUACAGAAUUCUGGUGAAAUACAACACGACAAGUGGGUACAGUCGCUCUGUUUUGAUGGAAAACGAACAAACUUUAUACCAUUGUGAAAAGUGCUCUUAUACGUUUGGAAAAGGGAGCAUGUUUCAAAAAUCUGCCGUAUGCAAAAAUCCCAUGAAGUGUCUGACAUCUUUCGACAACCAUUUUGGAAAGAUUGACCAAAAAUUUUCAUGUUUUUACAAUACAAAGAGCUUGCAAGAUGUUUUCAAAGAAUUCAAGAUUUCCCGGGUUGAUGCAAUCUACCAAACAUUUUUACCUCUCAUGUUCAUGUUUCUUUACGUAAUCGCCUAUUUGUUCGUGCAGUACGACAACAAUAAGAGACGUAAAUUGAACGAGUGUAUUGAAUCCCGAGGACAACAUACACCAACAAAAAGACCCCGUCAAACUCACCCGAAUGAUAUCCCAUCAUGCACCACGGAAAGCUCCGACUCACAUUCGUCCCCAGACUCCUCAACAACGAUGUACCGAGUUCGAAACAAACAGCUUCCUUGCACCAAACAUCAUGUGCUGAACACACGUGAUAUGGAAGAUGUCAUUAUGGAACAGAAACCCGUAUCGCCAACAUACCAUUCGACACGUCAGCAUGGCGUGCACGACCACUACGUGCAAGUGAACGUGAACAGCUGUUGUAAAAGAUGCACAUACGCAUGUCACACUUUAUAUAGUAACCAUUUUGAGUUGAGUCGUGAUAAGGAGAGAUUCAGACCAGUUCAGGUGAACCAAUUUAACCAUCACGACUACCUUCAAAGAUCACGAAGAGCAUUCAGAUACUUACCAGAAUCGGCAGUUUAGGACAGGCUGUUGGGCUGUUUUUACGGAAAAUCACUGAUCUCCGUCAAAACUUCAAUAAUUUUUUUUCGCAAAAAAAACUUCUUGUAUUUGUAAAUAACCUUUUCAUUGUCAUGUUGAAAUUGCAGUCUUUGCUCGAUUCCUUUCCAAUUCGUAUACAUAGUAGUUCAUACUUGUGUACAAUGGCGUAGCUAGCCAACAAGUUUGCUCAGGCUAUGUAAAUACUUAGGUGUUCAGUAACUGCAAAAACGUAAUUGAAAAAUUCACAAAGCAUGGACAUAUGACUUGGCACAGAAAAGUUUCUGUGACAAGCUAUUGAACAAAAUUCCUUAUCCAAAAAAGUUACCAUCGUUGUUUUUAAGCAGGAAUGAUUGUAUUCUUUCAAAUACUUACGUAAUUAGCUACUGAAAUGUUUACAUAAUUAGCUACUGAAAUGUUCACGUAAUUAGCUACUGAAAUGUUUACGUAAUUAGUUACUGAAAUGCUGACGUAAUUAGCUACCGAAA